AUGUUCUUGGUGUGCGAUGAUAUCCGCAGCGUGUUGUUGUUCUGCGAAAGGUUAUGGCUAGCGGUUGAAAAGGACAUGAGGCAGCAUCACGACAGUCCUGUGAUCGAGAGGCUUCUCCGUGUUUUUCAUUACGUCUAUUUCUAUUUGAAGCAUAUCAAACCGAAGAACGGAGGAGUGUUUCGUGACGGCGGCACGUCGGUCCAUUGGAAACUGGCCAUGGCGUCUUUUGAGGAUAUUAAUGCGGGGAUCAGAGAUCUGGACGUCUUUGUAAGAGAAGGAAGCCGAGAGUUUACGCCUACUAGUAUUGACAAAGCGCUGAAGAACAUAGAGAAGAAGUUGAGGCGUGCCAAGGCUGUUUCAAAGGCGAAUGGGUUUGCGAGAGAUGCAAUGGAGUCUGACGUUUUGGUCAUGUGGAAAUCUCUCUUUGACAAACCAACGGAGGAUUUGUGGACUGUGAAAUUGAAGAGGCUUGGGAUUCUCAAUGACAUGUUUCACCCUCUAUACAAAGAAAGAGCAGAAGCAAACUCGUUCGUUCGUUCUAUCAGUCGUCUUAAUAUAUGCAACUGA